UGACUGUUCCUUCAUUUCCUUGUAGAAGAAGAAAGGCUAGAGGAGCCCACAUGUCCUCAAUUUGUGACUGAGGAGUGACCGGUGACCCCCAGCCUAUAAAAAUACGAACCCGCGUGAGUUUUGAGUCUCGUGCCUCUCCAGAACCAAAGGAUUUUCCUAACAGAAAAAACUGUUCGAUCCGGUGUUCCAACAAUGUCCCGGGCACGGUCGGAGUCACGCGGGCUAGAGUCGCUUCCGAUGGUGUUGCUGGUUAAAAUAGUUUGCCACUUGCCCCACGACCAACUGAAGCCUGUUUUUCAUGUUUCUAAAAGAAUUAGAGAAGCUGUUCAGACUGCAAAGCAAACCCACUUCAACUAUACAACUCCGCCGCGUCGGUCCGGUCGUGUGAGCACACCGCCGGCGGCGCGCCAGCACCAAGUCGUCGUGGGCCACGUUCUCGUCUCAAUUUCUCCGAUCAGCCCCUGAGCGAACCCUUGCCUCUUGAUCGAGCUCUAUCCUAUGAGAUUGAGAAUGAGUUAAGCCGGGAUGGUGCUCAGAUUCAACUCCGUUAGACUCUGUUUUCUGGUUUCUAAGUGCCACGUCUUCGUCUGUCUCGGUGCAUAUUUCCCGUAUAUGUUGGAAAGAAUUGCUUAUUCUUUCUUCUUAGCAGGACAGAUCGUUUUUCUUUUAUAGUUCUAUAGAAGAUAGUAGGAAUUUGUUGUAAUUUUUAUUUAUUUAUUUUUAAUCCGGCCUCAAGGGGAGGGAGAAAGGAAGGAGAUUCGAUCCGAUUCCCUUUCAAUCGAGCUAUCCGUUGAGAUCGGAUUUUGUUGUAAUUUGAGUAUAAAUGGAAAGGUAUUGAUAGGAGGAAAUGAAGAAUAUACUUUCUCUUU